AUGAGUUCGUUGCGACUCCAGAAGCGUCUCGCUUCAUCCGUGCUUAAGUGCGGCGGCAACAAGGUCUGGCUCGAUCCCAAUGAAAGCAACGAGAUCGCCAACGCCAACUCCCGUCAGCAUGUGCGCAAGCUGAUCAAAGAUGGUCUGAUCAUUCGCAAGCCUGUCGCUGUGCACUCUCGCGCCCGCGUCCGCCGCAACAUCGAGGCCCGUCGCAAGGGCCGUCAUACUGGCACUGGCAAGCGAAAGGGUACCGCCAAUGCUCGCAUGCCGGUCAAGGUGCUCUGGAUCAGACGGAUGCGUGUGCUCCGUCGUCUUCUGAAGAAGUACCGCGAGAACAAGAAGAUCGACCGACACCUGUACCACGACCUGUACAUGAAGGCGAAGGGUAACGUCUUCAAGAACAAGCGCGUCUUGAUGGAGUACAUUCACAAGAAGAAGGUCGAGAAGCUCCGUCAGAAACAGAUGAGCGACCAAGCCGAGGCUCGCCGACAGAAGGUGCGUGAUGCCAAAAAGCGUCGCGAAGAACGACAGGCUCUCAAGCUUCAAGAGGCUCGCGCUCAGUACCUGAAGGAGGACUCUGAAGCUAAAUAA